CAUUUCUAAUCACCCUCCCUGCUGUACCUCAUCGCAUUUCCUACCCGUUUCCUACUGUAGCUGUUCACUGACCUGUUUCUUUCUCUUUAUAUCACCAUAAACUACAACCUUUUAUGCUAAUAAUACUAAUAAAGAUCCAUAUGUUAGUAUGGAAUUCUGCCAAGCUAGCUUUAGCAGCGCUAUGUUGACUAGCUGUUUGGUUCAAGCUUCUCGUCACCAUUCAGAGAAACGUCUUAUGGAGAACUGGAUCCCAGAUAUGAAUGUCUCCAGCAACCCCUUCCUGAUUGGUGGCCAGGCUCAUCUCAUCCUUGGUUUUAGAUGGAAACCCUACCUGUCACAGUUUUCUGCUGAAACAUGUUGGAAAACUCGAUCAGAGGAGAAGCAGGCGGCACCUGUCAGGACAGCCUUCAGACGAGGAGCAGCUGCUAUUCAGGUGCAAAUCACUCCGACACAAGGGGAAAUCAGCGUCGGAGAGUCCAAGUUUUUCCUCUGCGAAGUGGUUGGGGACGCUAAGGACAUCGACUGGUUCUCCCCCAGCGGUGAGAAGAUCCUCCUGUCUCGGCCGAACAUCUCUGUGAGCCGCAGCGACGAGUCCACGUCCAUCCUCACCAUCUACCACGCCAACGUGGACAACGCCGGCAUCUACAAAUGUCUGGCCAAGAACGCAGACAAGGAGGCCCAAGCCACAGUUCAAGUGAAGAUCUUCCAAAAGAUCACCUUCCAGAGCGCGCCGAGUCCGCAAGAGUUCAACGAGGGCGACAACGCCGACAUCGUCUGCGACGUGGUCAGCUCGCCGCCGCCCACCAUCAUUUGGAAGCACAAGGGCUCCAAACUCCAAUCCGCCAAAGAUGUGCGCUACAAGAUCAUGGAUAAUGGCCACCUGCUGAUACAUGGCAUCAAGAAGGUCGAUGAAGGAAUGUAUAAUUGUGAGGCUCGUGUUAUGGCCAGGGGAGAAAUUGACUUCCGGACGAUAAAGGUCAUCGUUAAUGUUCUUCCCACAAUCCGUGCCAGGAAGUCCGAAGUCAACGCCACAGCAGAUGUUGGUGAAUCUGCCCUGUUGGCCUGUGAUGCAGACGGCUUCCCUGAGCCCACCGUUACCUGGGCGCAUAACAACGUCGUCCUUGAGACGGGCGACAAAUACAGCUUGAACGAGGAUGGUUCUGAAUUGGUAAUAAAGGAAGUCAAAAAGGUGGAUGAAGGAGAUUACACUUGCAUCGCCAAGAACAAGGCAGGAGAGAAAACCGAGGAAGUCAGCCUGAACGUGUUCGUGCUGCCGAACAUUACCUACUUCAACAACGAGACUGCCUCAGAGUUUGAUGAGGAGGUCACCCUGACCUGCGAGGCCUCGGGUGACCCCACACCCACCAUCUCCUGGAGAUUUGGAAACAGAGUUUUCACUGAAGGAGAGCAGGCAUCUUGGACGCGACCAGACAAAUAUGAGAGCCUCGACAGGAACGUUGUAGUACGAAGCCAUGCGCGGGUGUCCUCCCUCACCCUGAAGAACGUCCAGUUCACUGAUGCUGGUCGUUACCUCUGCACUGCCAGCAACUCCAUCGGCGAAGACAACCAGCAACUGUUCCUGGAAGUGCGCUAUUCUCCAAAGAUUAUGGGCAUAGUGGCAGCAUACACAUGGGAAGGAAACCCCGCCAAUAUUUCUUGUGAGGUGGCAGCCAACCCCAGAGCCUCUGUGGUUUGGUUCAGAGACGGCAUCGAGCUGCCGACUGCUAACUCAACCAACAUAAAGAUCUUCAAUUCCCCGAACAUCAGCCUUCUGGAGAUCACACCUGAGUCCCAAAAUGACUUUGGGAGCUACAACUGCACAGCGACAAAUGUGAUAGGCUCUGAAUCCAAGGAGUUCCUUCUAAUCCAAGCAGAGGUGCCGUCGUCGCCUAAAAUUGAAGAAGUGCAGCCGUUCUCCAGCACGGCGGUGGUGGAGUUCGAAGAACCGUUCUCCUUGGGUGGAGUGCCGAUAUUGAAGUACAGAGUGGAAUGGCGUUUGCCUGGGAAGGAGUGGAAAAGUGAGGAGUACAAAGCUAAAGACGACAUGUCCAGGAUAACCAUCGUCGGACUGAAACCGGAGACGACCUACGAGGUCAAGAUGUCCGCCAUCAACGGCAAAGGCGAAGGCGAGAGCAGCCGCUCCAGCACUUUCAAGACGGAGCCAGUCCAAUAUUCUCUCACAAUUGCAUCAUCGAUCCCACCUGCUAUCGCUGCCACCACUAUGGCCAUUAAAGGGGAACCAACUUCUCCCAUACUAGAAGUCACACCUAUAAAGAGCAGUAAUUCUGCUAAAGUCAAGUGGACCAAGCAGGAUGAUGGAGGCUCACCCAUUAAGCACUACCUGAUCAAAUACAAGGCUAAGCAUAUGUCUGACUGGAAACCGGAAAUGCGCCUCCCCUCUGCCAGCGAUUACGUGAUGCUGAAUGGCCUGGACUGGAACACGGAUUACGAUAUUCUUGUGGUGGCGGAGAAUCAGCGGGGCCGAUCCGAGCCGUCCAUCACUUCCUUCAGAACAGCUUCAGAGCCCACCACCGUCCCAGACACUGCAGACGGCGGCUCGGGACUCGGCACCGGCGCCAUCGUGGGCAUCCUCAUCGUUGUCUUCUUGCUGCUGCUGGUUGCCGUGGACGUCACCUGCUAUUUCCUCAACCAGUGCGGCCUCCUCAUGUGCAUCGCCGUCAACGUUUGCGGGAAAGCCGGCCCGGGCGCCAAGAGCAAGGACAUCGAGGAGGGAAAGGCAGCGUUCUCGAAGGACGAGUCCAAGGAGCCGAUUGUGGAAGUGAGAACAGAGGAAGACAACACCCCGAACCAAGAGGGAGGGGGUCCCACCGAGCCCAAUGAGACCACCCCGCUGACAGAACCAGAACCUGCCGCUGCCGACUCCCCGAACACGGCGGUAAACCGACUCCCCCCGGCUGCUGCUAACUCGGUUACAGAGGCUUUUAGCACGCCACAGACUAACUCCUCUCCUAAAAACACCGCUGCAGCCCUACCCAAUUCACCUAAAGCAGACUCCGAAUGCAGCGUCGGGCCCCUGGUUGACCUCAGCGACACUCCAAAAGUUGCCCCUGCCUCCAGCCCUGCUGUAUUAGAGCCAGUUAGCCCACCGUCCGCUAAUGGCGACAGGCCUCAGAACCUGUGUGAGUCAGUGAAAGCCCCCAGCAGCACCCAGAGUAAGGACUUACAAGUAGACGGCCAGAGCAACGAUGCCUGCUGUGUCCCAUGCUCAGACUCCACCACAUCAACCCAAAAUGAUGGGAAGACUGUGAAGAGCAACAACGACAAAACCGAGCCGGAGGUGAAGGACGCCGAGGUGAAGACGGUCCCCAACGAGGCACCUCAGGCGAACGGCAGCGAAAGUAAAGCGUAAUGUCCUCCAGCCGGGAGCGGCAGGGAGGACGGAGGAGGGAGGGGUGCAGGUUGGGCGGGGGAGAGUUCGGGGUGUGGGCUUUACAGGUUAAAAGCGGGGGUGGUCACAGUCACUGAAACUUCGAAACAAUUUCACACACACCACCCCACUGCAUUAGAAAAAACAACAAAACAAAACAACAACAACAACAAAAGCAGCAACUCAGAAGAUAAACUACAAAGAAAAUUCGUGUUUGUGCGGGAAGAUGACCAGGAGUGAUAAACUUCAUGCAGCGCCUUAGUUCCCAACACAUCCACCUAAAUCAGUCACUGUAAAACUAUAGAUAUUCAUACGUUAAGCCACCCGUUUUUGUACGUAGUAAGCAGAUCAGCAUCUGUAAUAUUUUCUCUAGAUAAACUUGGAUGAACUGUAGCUUUAAUUCACAGAUUUUUGCCUUUAAGAUGCACACAAAUGUAAGACCGACUCUACUACUCUUUAUGCAGUACGCUCAUUAUUGUGAUAAUGAAUUGUGGGUCUUCUUUCUCCCUUGUCUGUAUUUUUUUUGUUUUUUGUUUCAAUACUGUUCUCACUGCCUAUGUAGCUGUUCUUUAAUGUCUUAUUAAAGCAUGUGGGUUUGUUGCAAAGUUGCUGUAUUUCUGUAAAUCCGUAUGUGGUCGGGGUUUUUUUUCUUUUUUUCUGCUUCUUAAUCCUGCGUUUUCCUUCAUUUCAUCUUCACUCUCACAAAAAAAAUGGAGAAAUGAUUGUGAGAAAUGUUGACGUAAAAGUUAAUGUCUUGUUUUCUUUGUCCUCUUUAAAAGUCCAUUUGCAGGCUGUUUAUACAUGCACCGAUCAGAGUUUUGUGAAUAGUAAUUUUAGUCAGCCAAUUCUGAUUUCUCUUCAGUAACUAUAGAUAAAUGCACUCAAAAUGUUUUUUUGGGUUUUUUUAAAGCUUUUUAAGACAUCAUUAAUCAAUUAUAUUUGGAGCAAAGGCAAACAUCUCACCACGCGGCGAAACAGGGCUUCACAAACAAAUAUUAUCCAACUUUUGCUUCUUAUAUUAGCAAUUAGCGCUGUUAGCAUUAAUAGCUUUGUACCACGGUAUAAACAUUCCUAUUCUCUAGAGACGCUUACCUUCGAUCUGAGCCCAAACAGUUUACAUUCCUAAAUUCAGUUUGCUUUGUGGCAGCGAUUGAAUGCUUGGAAGGAUAAGACAAAGUAACUUUGCUGUAAAACAUUUAGCUGCAAUCCGUCUCUUUAAAAGUAGCAGCCAAAAUAUCUGUAGAAAUUAGUUUCUUACACCUCAAUGUCAUUUUUUAAACACUUUACUGAUAUUCAAAAGACUACUCAAUAAACUUUAGUAUACAUCAGUCCGUUUCAACUUCCACACUGAAGAGUGUUGCUGUUAGCACAAAAUGCGGGACAUUAAUUGUUUGAAAAAAUAUUUCCUUUCCUCAGUUUUUCUUUUGGUUCAUUUUCUGUCCUUUCCUGCAUGGUGGGUUUGGUCGCCAUGUGUUUGUGUCUUGCGUUUGCUCUUCAAAAGCUAAUUAACAUGUUUAUUUUUUUUUAUAUAAAUCAUACAGCACAUCCCCUCACCCCCCCAUACGCCUGAAAGGUUCAUGCCAAGACCUUGAGUUAUCCGCUCUUGCAUGUUAACCUGUACAUGGACUCAAUUUUCAGGGGGCCUUUAUGUUUUUGCUUAGAGUUUUUCAGAUUAGCUAAAUCCCAACUUCAUUCUUUUUUGUAGGCUCCUAUUUAAUUCCAAUUUUCAUGCCUUAAAUUGUCUUCAUCUCUUAAAUAUCUAUAAAACCCUCCUUAGAAUUCCUCAUCCUACUUUAACCUUAACUAAAUAUUGUGUUGCCAAAUAUAAUGGGCCUUGGAUGAAUAUAAAUGAACUGGACCAAUGAAAACCUGCACUGCAGGAUGUAAAUAAUGGGAACCUCAUUUAAAAUCUACCAUUUAAGUUAUUUACUUAUGUCAGUAGAUUUACCUGUAACCUCAUUACACUUUGCAGUUCCCCGUCUUGUCUUAAAAUACAUGUAUACGGACAAACUAGAUCAAAAAUGUGUUCUACUCAUGAAUUAAGCUUUGUAACCCUGUUAAAAUGAAAUGACAAAAUUAAGGUUUGUGCAUAGUUAGAAAUUACCCAUGCAUUGAAAACAUUUGCAUUUGUACAAUUUUUACAGUGCAAUAUUCUGUAAUAAAAUGUAGGGGGAAAUGUAUGGUUACAACCUUUACAAUUUCAGCACCGUGCAUCAAAACAUCCUGAUUUUGCUUUUUAUAGAGGAGCUGAACCCAUAUUUACUGGGAACUCUAAAAUCAACCCACAGUAAUUGGUCAGGUUGAUUUAUUAUUAUUAUUAUUAUUAUUAUUAUUAUUUGGAACUUUGCAUUUGUGACAAAGAUUUCUGCUUUGUGUUUCUGAAACAAUUUGUGAAGCACCUGCAACAAAACCGAUUCACAACUAUAAAUAUUUUCUCCAGGUGCACAAAAACAUUAAAUCCACCAAAUCUAAAAUGAAACCGGCAGCAUGGCCCACUUUUUCAUUAAUCCAGCCAAACUGUUUGUGAGCACUCAUGAAGCACUGAGGUUUCGUCAUCAGAUGGUCGGCUGAUUCUUCCUAAAAAUUUAAAAAUUAGAUGGUGAAAUACCACCAAACAGCAACAUACCCGGUUCUGAUGUUGCAGGACUCUGUGAAUUCCACACCUUUAUGUGUGCUGCGAAAUUCUUGUGUUUUGAGUUCUGAAAAUUCACAUUUUUUUCCUUCUCUCUCACACGUGUGUCACACUUUUCCUGAGGUUUCCCUAAAGUGGUUUGGACACAUAGGUUAGGCAACAGGUUUGGACUUUAGAGUGACUUCAGAGGUUACAGGAACAUCAAGUUAGUGUGGACUGAGAUGUAGUUGUUCUCAUGACUCCUUUUAGAAAUAUAGAUCCAAGUGUGUUAUGUCUGUAUUUGGCUCCUUCAUAGCCAGUGUUUGUUUUUUUUUUUUUUCUUUUAUCAUAUUUAUUGUUAACAUAGUAACCGAAUUCAACUGGAACUUUGGAUACUUGCAGCUUCUCUUUUCAUUAUGAGGCAUCAAAUCUGGAGGGGCUUGUCGAAAUUUGGUUAGGCAGUAAAUUAUUGCGCAGCAGUAAAAAAAAAGUCCAACAAAAUAUGUUCUGUAGUUUACUUUUGUCUCUAAUCCAUCGAUGUCAUUAAUUGGCCUCUCUAUUGAGUUGCUUUAAAGAUCAGCCCGUACAACUGCAAAAAAAAAAAAAAAAUUGUUUCACUUUUAGUUUUUCCUUCCUAAUUAUUUUAACAGCAGCACCUUCCAAACUUACUGGCUCUCCUGGUAGAAAGUCUCAAAAUUCAUUUACCCAACCUGAAAUUUCAGAAAAUUUAAUCAGUGAUGAAUAAAGUCUCACCUUAAAAACACAUUUUUUUUUUUUAAAAGAAGUGUUUUGACAACUAUUAAAAUUAUAAUAAAAUAAAUGUACCUGAUUUAUUUACCAACUUUGUUCACUGGUCGUACUGUGAAGGAACAUAAUGUCACAGAGCCCCGUCUAUGGAAACUAAGAAAUAAAAGAGAACGUGCUAUUUACAUGAGGCCGGUGUUGAAUUUUUAAAAAUCUGGAAAUUAAUGAUAUUUAAAAAAAGAAUAAAGCUACUAGCCCAAACUUUUCAAUAUUUAAAGAGACGUUUUUCAAAUUUUUAAAGAGACAGUACAAAUUUUCCAAAGCUCCAUUGUGACUUUCUUAAAAAGUAAACAAAUAAAAUUUAAAAAAGAACAUGGAAAUGUUCCCCAAUGAAUAAAUCUUCCUAAAGUAAAGUUUGGACUUUUCACUGUUUUUCGAUGAGAUCGUGUUACUGCUGGACAUUUUAUGGAAAGCUUUUUGCAUCGUUACCAAGGUGGCCAAUAGAUGUGAAGGUUCUGCUGUAAAAAAAAAAAAAAAAAAACUGUUGAACAAAGGCAGGCGUGAUUGCAGAAGUUUUACACGGCAAAAAUCUGUCUUUAAAAAUCGUUUCCAAAAAGUCCAAACUGUAACAAGUCCUAAAGAUUCUGAUGGCAAACCACCAAGCAGAGUGAUGUUCAGGUUUAGCUUAAACUGAUUGAAAACAGAAAGCUCUGCCUAAGGUGGGGAAAUGCUCUUGAUAAAAAUGAGUUUGGUGUCUUGAUAGUAAAACAUCUCCUUUUCUAAAGUUCUGCAUUUGAAACGUUAAGAAGCGGAGCAGAAGUCAGGUCUUUUUCUGUAGUUCUGUGUUCAGUGUGAACAGCAAACACACGAGCCUUGAGUGUUAGAGUUGAGCGUCUAGUUUGAUUGUGAUGUAGCCGGUAGCGAGCGUCGAACCCGCCGUCAGCAGCUUAGAGACGUCCGGCUGAGUGCCUUUAGACUGGAGAACGACGCCAUACAAUCCCUUCCUCUUGGUUUCUGUAUUCUGAAGUUUCCCGUUUACUUCCUCCUGUCAAUUUCUUUUCUUUCGCUGCUCCAUUCAGCUGUAAAUGAAGCUUCUUCAAACCCUCUCAGAUGUUCUGUAAGGCUGUAUUAUUCCGGUUCCCUUUGGACGUUUUAUCCUUUCAUUCCAUUAUAAUAAAUAUUUCAAAAGGACAGAUUAUUGCUAAGAUCCUUACUUUGACUUGGCCGCAGUCUCGUUUAAGAAAGGUUAGGCAUGACCAAAACUACACAAACACAAGCCAGCGAAACGAGUCAAAAGGAGAUAUUUAAUGUUUUAACGCUCAAAUCUAGCAUCACGUGAAAACAGUGUGGACAAGCUAAGAACAUAUUUAUUAUGUUUCCAGAAAUGAUCAGAUUUGUCAGAAACAGCAUGAAUAAUUUCUUAAAAUUCCUAUUUUCUUUUUUUUUUUUUUUUUUUAGAUUUAUUUUGUUCAUGUUUUUAUGCUUUCAAAUGUUGUGGAACUUGUUCUGGUCUCUUCUAAAAACAAAACAAACAAAAGUUAACUGACUUACUUUUGCCUGGAAAUGUGUGUAAAAAAAAAAUGCUUUCUUGUUUGUUUCUCUUGCCUUAAACUUGUUAAAAUAUCUGGAUUGAUCAGGUUUUUCUUUUUUUGGGUUUUUUUUUUUUUGCUGGUUUAUGUGAUUUUUUUUUUUAUUUCUAUUAUUUUUUAUUCUUCAUUAGCCAGAACCAAACAGAAGGACUUGGUUCUGUUCUUUAAAAUCCCGUUUUUGUUUUUUUUUUUGAUUAGGGAAUAAAAAAGAUUAAAUCUUACUCCCAAGGUCCUUUUCUCACGUUACAGCAAAGGGAUUUGUAAUGUCCAUCAUGCUCAGAGGAGCCUCCGCUGCCAGCAGCUGGUUGCUGUCAUUGAUCCAGAACUUUCUGUUCUCCAGUCUUUCUCUCUGUAAACAGCAGCUCAGUGUGCUUCUCCUCUGUCUGAGUGUCUGUUUGUUCACUAUUCCCUGGUGUAAAUACAGAAUACUAACUGAGGAAUGAAGGAAAACACAUUUUGACUUUGCAUUUUGUCAGAAAUGUUUGUGUUCAAUAAAAUUAAAAGGAAAAAAAAAA